AUGGAAUCCCGCGGAGUUCAUACCGAUGAACGGCCAAAAGGCCGCCUGGCGAUCGCCCGUCGUUCAUGUGACCAAUGUCGUACUCGAAAGGUCGGCUGUGAUAGGGGAUCGCCGUGUUCGAAUUGUAGCGCAGCUAGGCUUAACUGCACACACAGCGCCGUAGCAUCUAAUGCAACAGCCCCCAGGCAGAGGGUGUUGAUAUCAGCGCAAUACGAAAAGAAAAUCGACGACAUUGCAGAGGGUAUUGAUGGCAUCAAGCUCUUUCUCCAGGGACUGAACUUGGCUCCAGAUGCGAAGCAGCCUGAAGCUAGUUCCACACGGCAGCUCAAUCAAAUAGACUCAGCGAAGCCUCUAAUCGAGCAUCGCUCUAUCUGUGCAUCUGGUAGCAAUUCUCUAUGGGAUCAUUCCGUUCACAUUAUCGAUUUCGUCAAAGCUGUUGUAGAAGAUAGAUGUUCAGGAGAAAGCGAGGAUGAAUCGAACGGGGUUCUCUCAUCACUGAAAAAGUUGGUGCAAAUUUUGGAAGGACCCAUCGCUACUAAAGAUUUGUCCUUUCAGCAAGCUAAAGUAGCAGCAUAUCAGGCUGGUCCUCCAAUGCCCCCAUUAGAGGCUGUUGUCUCUGUGCUUCGAUGGGCCAAGGAUCACCAAGAUUACACUAGACUCGUCUGGGUUUCUCAUAUACUCCCGCUUGAAAAAUUCGCGGAGAUCUGCCGAAAGGUGUAUUUCGCGAUCGACGACUACAGCGAAGUAGAUUUUAUCAUCGCCAAUGCAUAUUUAUCCUACAUAUUUGCCGAACAUGUUGUCGUUUCUGGACUUCAAGACUAUCGGGAAUAUUGUAGGCUAUGCCAGGAGAACCUUCGUACCGCUAGUUCACGGCUUCCGCUGCUCUUACCAGCGUCAAUGGAGGCAAUCGCUGCAUUGACACUUGGGGCAUUCUAUGCAAUUGAAAAUUCUAAAGCCACAAUAGCUUGGAGGUUCAUUUCAACGGCUUCGGACCUCUGCCAAAGAUUGGGAUAUCAUCGUUUACCCCGAAAAGGAGCCGAUCCGUCCAUACAGACUGCCCAAGAACGUUUAUUUUGGACCGUUUAUAAAUUUGAAAGAGGUCUUUCUCUUCGACAUGGCCGACCAUCAAGUAUUCGUGACGCUGAAAUUACGUUGCCAACUAACCCGAACGAGUUACGAUCCACCAAGGUUGCGCGAAUCCAGGGGAAGGUUUAUGACGAGCUGUAUAGUCCAGUAGGCCUAUCUCGCCCAGAUGAUGAAAGAAGUCGUAUGGCGAAGAUUCUCGCUACAGAGCUGCGGGAUCUUAUCAGCAUGGCGCGUGCUGAGAUUCUCGAUAUCGACAAUCAACCAAGAGGCAGUGAGGCGGAUCCGAUGCGAAUCGUUUACCUACAAUGUGAUAUCGUCUGUCAAUCUUCAUUACUCGCUUUGAUUCUUCGCGCAAUUACCACAGCACGAGGAUCUCUCAGCAGUAUUUCAGACGAGUGUGUCACAGUAGCUCGCGAAACGUUAGAUAUACAUCAUGAAUGUAUGACGGCUGUGAGGAGCUGCAAGACUGAUCCAUUCAUGGUUACAAAAUACAUCAACUGGGCGGUUCUGCACACUCCUUUUAUGCCGUUUAGUAUUUUAUUUACUCGUGCGGUUCAGCUUUCGGACUUCGCCGAUUUAGUCCGCUUGGAUCGCUUCGCAACUUCGAUGAAGCCCGAAACGCCUCCAGACUCAAUCACACACCCAUAUCGAUUGUAUGAGCUCCUUUGCCAGGCUGCUCGGCUCUAUGUUGAGUCGAACACAUCUUCCGCAGACAUGAGCAUAACGAACGCUCUAUCGGAUCCUUUAGGCGAGUUUGAUUUUACGUCCUUUGGGAUGGAAGUAGGUGUGGUUUCAAAUGAGACAAUAGAAACAAUUGUUCCUCAAACUUUUGAACUUGGUGAUUGGUAUUAUGGCAAUCAGCAAAUGAUGAGUUUGUUGGAUGAAGAUGUAAUGUUUUGA